AUGAUAUUUGAAGACAUAACAGACAAUUAUAAAAAAUAUCGACGAUCAAAACAAAACCAAACUCAAAUUAUUUCGAAAUAUGUUGAAUUGAAAAAAUACAAUCAAAUUUAUGAAACCUUAAACAAAGUUCAAAAGUGUAAAAUCUCUAGUCCGAAAGUCAAAAGUAAAGUUUUACGAAUAAUUCAUAAGGAAUUAGAUAAGAAAUUAAAGCCCGAAGAAACUUUUGAAAUAUGGCAUUAUGAUUUGAACAAGCAGAAUGAUGACCGGAAAAUGAAGACCAAACGAAAGAAAAGCAAAAAAAAUGAAAAAAAGAACAAGAAUGAGGACAACAAUAAUGGCUUAGAGACAAAUGUCAGUGAUAGUUCAAGACCUGAUGUUGAUCCAUUGACAUUGACGAUUCAAGAAUAUCUCAAUACAAAAGUUGCCAACCCAAAUCUUAAUGCAGAAGAUCAGGAAAACCAAAUUUUAAAUGGAGAUAUACCUGGAGUCGAAUCAGAGAGUGAUGAGGAUGAAUAUUCUAAUGACAAAUAUAUCGAAUAUGAUAUUAGAUCAACUCAUGAAAUUGAAAAUUUAACUAAUGCAUUUGACACAAAGAACACAAUCACCAAGACCAAAUUUAUCAUUGAGUCAAGUGGGAUGGAAAUUUUACCAAAUCAAGAAAUAUUCAAAGAAUCAAUAACAAAUAAACAUUUGAAUAAUUUGAAUACUUUAUUGCACUUUAAUAUGCUACGUAAAAAUUGGGAUGUUGCGUAUAAUAUAUUUUGUCUUAUUAUUAGGUUCCCCAUGGUUGAUGUAAGGUUGAUAUGGCCAUUAGGUAUUGAGAUCCUAACUGAAUUAUCCAAAAAUUUAUCAAAUAAAGCAUCAUCAACUUAUGAGCUAAAAAUCACUAAAUUUUUCAAUUAUUUAAAUUCAUUUUAUUUGGUCAAUUAUAGAAAUCAAAUAGCUUUGGAAAUUUCAGAUAGAACAUCAUUAGCUCCAACCUGGAGGGUUGGUACAAAAACAUUAACUCCCUUGUAUUUAUUAACGUCAUUGUGGUAUUUGUUUGUUGCGAAAAAAGCUUAUGUGCAGAUCUUAAAUCGUGUAUCCGAAUUAAUAUUAGAACCGCCUUAUCAUGACGAAGGGGCAUUGUAUUUUAUAUCAAUAUUAUGUUGUUUGAAUUUGAUGGUCAGUUCAAUAAACAUGUAUGAUCUACAAAUCAAUGACCGAGAGAAAUUUCAUGCUAUGGAAAAUAGUGAAUUCAGAACAUUCAAUGAGUGUGAAGCAACCUUGGACAAUUACAAAGAGAUGAUAGAUAAAAAUGUUGAAAUGUGCUUGAAAUUGAAUUUUUGUAUUCCUGAGGACGAGAUCGAGGAACAAUGUAGUCAUAUCAGGGAAACUUUGGUUGGAAUUGAAGCAACUAAACAGCUGACACCAAAAAGAACAUCAUCUUCAAGCUCACUAUUUGAUGAAGAGGAAGAUAAAACUAUUGUUGAUAAUUUUGAUCCUACACUAGAUGGAGAUAUCGAUGAACCUGCAGUUGAUGGAGAUGUCCACUAUAACAAAAUCCUCGGUAAUGAAGAAUUUGGUGACGAAUUCGAAUUCGAAAUCGACGAUAAAAACAUAUAUGAUGACUCAAAUACCAGACUUAUCAACGAAGGCGAGAAUGAGAAAGAUAUCGAGGAUGAUUAUGAUGACUGGGGUGAUAUCGAAUCCGACAAGGAAGAAGAAUUGAAUGGAAGUCAAGUUAUUGAUACCUCAACACAGCAAAAUUUAGUCAUUGAUCACAAACAGGAAGAUGAUAGUGAAUUUGAGGGAGUAGAAGAUGAUUGGUCUCGAAUUAAAUCUGAUGCUAAUUCUGAUGAUGAAGCCCCGCCUAGACCUGUUCAGAAAAUAGAGAAUUCAUUACCAAAUGGUGCAGAUGAUGUUGAUUUUGAAGUUGAUUUGAAAAAUGGCCUUUUACACGAGACUAACAAACCGAGUCAUAAGUAUGAAGAAGAGAAGAAUAAUGUAUCUGACGAAGAUGAGUGGGCAGAAAUUGAGUCAGAUCUUGAUGAAACCUCAGAAGUUUCAAAUCCACCAGCAAAAUUAGUUAAUGAUACUCAACAAGAAACUAAAGACAAUUACAUUAAUGAAUCGACUUCGAAAGAAGAAUCGGUGAUGAGUUCUGCGAUCACGACUGCUAUAGAUGAGAGUGAUGGUAAAAUGGAUGAGUUUGACGGUUGGAGUGAGAUUGAGUCAGAUGACAUAGACGAUUAG